AAUACGUUCUCCAAGCGAGAUAACGUAUGUUCUGUUUCGGCGUGUGUCGUUCCGCGCGAUCGAGGAAUUCGAGUUCGAAGGAUUUGCCCGCGAGUGCCAGGACCUAGGCCAACAACUUUCGGCCGGUGGCGCUUCGGGUGCAACAACGAAGGGGGACACCCAGCACGUGUGACGGCCUACUGCGGGUGAAAAGCGCAGACAGUUUUGCGAAUUUCGAAUGCAAAAGAAGGAAGAAAUAGCAGGCCGAGUGCCGUCAUGCCGGUGAGUGAAAUUGCUCCGAAUUGCACGGUUGAAUGUGAAGUGACGCCCGACAAAGAGGAAGAAAAACGAGUGAGUUUAUGUGGAAAGGGAAAAAAAAUAUGAAAAUGUACAACCGGAAAUAGUGCUGCACUACGUAGGAAGAAAUUAUAAUCGGCAGAAAUCCGUUCCGUGGCACAAUAGAGGGGAUUUUUUUUUUGUUGUUUCGCUUGAACGCGAAGGGCAGUGAGGAGGUGUGCGAAAAAUAAAGAAGUGGAAUAAUAAUAGCAGUGCGCUGCAAGUGGAAAGUGCAAACGGCAGUCGGAAAAAUUGGAAAAUUGUUUUCGUUCGAGCCGGUUUCUUCGGUUCUGCUAUUUCAGCUCGGCUCAACAACUGGCGCAAAGACUCAUCUACCGCAGGCGUCAUUUCCUCCGAAGAUUCGGUUGAAAUCCAUCGUUCGAGCCACGUACAAACUAACCGAGUCACAUCGAUCAUCCGGUUCGGUUGAAACCACACAAAAAAAUACACACAUAUUUCAUCGAUUCCACCAGCUCUAAUCUCCAAACAAAACAAAAAAUAUUACCACGGAAGGAACCUGCUACCGUCCCAGGGAUCAGCGGGGUAAGCCGAUUUGCCUCGAGUACAUCAACGACGACAACGACGGCGGCAACGUCACUAAAUCAAUCGAUUUGAAACCAUCACUACCAUCAUCAUCAUCAUCAUCAUCAUCGUCGUCGGUACUCAGCACACGAUUCCCACCUGACCCGGUUGAAGUGCUGCAUCGCACGCGCACGUUUGUUUAGACGUCAACAGCAAAAAAAAACAGCCCGAAUCGAUUGUGACCUGCCCCGGCUGUGUAAAGUUCCUGACAACGGCUGACUGCGGUGGCAAAUACGAUUACCACAAAAACCACUGCGGGAGGAACAUCAACGUCAUCUUCAUCAACGUUUGUCAUCGUCGUCGUCCUGGCGGUGGUCUAGACCCGGACCCAGUCACAAAGGCACAGUUCGUAAUUUGAUCAAAAAGCUCCACUCCACACGGAAGGCAAGUGAUGUUAUCGACGCAGUCAUACUCCACCGUGGGAGACGCCAGCACUAGGACAAUCGAUAAUAGGGCGAGAUUUUCAGAAUCGAGUAAGAGACCGGGCCUGGGGACCGAGCAGCCACUUGAACCGGGAAAAAUACUGCUUUCGUCGUCGUACCAAAUCGAAUAAAUAUCAAAUCAGAAGCAGGUAACUACCGGCAUCAGGUAGAUCGAAUUAUCGUUAUUGGAUUCUUCCAAACCUGCCGCUCGCACACACACACACGCCAUAGCAAAUCGAGUGAAGUGAGCAUCGAAUCGCCCUCCCGACAAGAGACAGGAAUGGGGGCGUAAGCCGGACCCCCAAUCCGGUAGCACCCUCUUUAUGUAUGGAUCCAACGGUUUUGCCACUGCUGUCGACUUUGUUUCAAUCGCCCCGGCAGGCCCUCGUCACCCAGUCAGCGUCCAGCGUGGCCGAAGUCACGGCUGCAGCCAUAGUCAAUGCCACCGCAACGGCCAAUUUCCUCGAGUACCUCCUAACCGGUAACACCAGCGUUGCCGCCGCCGCUGCUACAUCACUGCCUGCCCUAGCCGAUCAUCUUGCCCCGGUGCACCACCAAACCACAAGCUCUCUAUUCGACUUCGGUACCUCCGAGAGCAUCGACACUGCGGACCCCACUUCCAAUGUACUGACCUUCCAGACAAUCGUCAUUAGCAUAGUUCUCCUAGCCGUAAUCAUCGGGACCAUCGUCGGCAAUGUGCUGGUGUGCGUAGCCGUGUGCCUGGUGCGGAAGCUCCGCCGACCCUGCAACUACCUGCUGGUCUCGCUGGCCAUAUCCGAUCUCUGCGUGGCGGUCCUGGUGAUGCCCCCCGCCCUGCUGUACGAGGUGCUCGAAGAAUGGAAGUUCGGGACCGCCUUCUGCGACAUCUGGGUGUCGUUCGAUGUGCUGUCGUGCACCGCCUCCAUCCUGAACCUGUGUGCCAUCUCAGUUGACCGAUACUGGGCCAUCACCAAACCCCUGGAGUACGGCGUCAAACGUACCCCGCGGCGCAUGAUUGCGUGCAUUGUGCUAGUCUGGCUCGUGGCAGCCUGCAUUUCGCUCCCACCACUCUUAAUCUUAGGCAACGAACACAUGACCAACGGCCAGCCGUCCUGCUCGGUUUGCCAGAACUUCUUCUACCAAAUCUAUGCCACCCUCGGCUCGUUCUACAUCCCGCUGGCGGUGAUGCUCUUCGUGUACUUCCAAAUCUUCCGUGCUGCUCGGCGGAUCGUCAACGAAGAAAGGCGUGCCCAACAACACCUGAAAAGUGCCGUCAACGGGACUGCUAGCACUCCGGAGAAAAAGCUCGGCCCUGGCGGCACCGUACUGGUUAGCACCCCGCAGCACAAACGUCUACGCUUCCAGCUGGCGAAGGAACGGAAGGCUUCCACCACCCUCGGCAUCAUCAUGUCGGCCUUCACCAUCUGCUGGCUGCCGUUCUUCAUCCUCGCACUGGUGCGGCCCUUUCUCGGCGAAGACCACCGCACCCUGUCGUCCCUGUUCCUGUGGCUCGGAUACGCCAACUCGCUCCUGAACCCGAUCAUCUACGCCACCCUCAACCGGGACUUCCGGAAACCGUUCCAGGAGAUACUGUACUUCCGGUGCUCGAGCCUGAACAGCAUGAUGCGCGAGGACUUCUACCACAGCCAGUACGGCGAUCCGGGCUCGCAGCGUCUGGUCGUCGGGAAGGAGGGCAGCGCCCGGGAAAGCUUCCUAUGAACCGAAACCGGUAAUGUGUAAUGUACUGCGUAGUCAAGAGUAUUAUUAGUAGAACGAUGCGAUACGAUGCGAACGAUCGACGGUAUCCGUUGGUCGAGCGGAUGAUUUAAGUUUUGUAUAAGUUGCAAAUUGAUGCGGUAGAUGUUAGGGAUGUUUCGGAUUCGGUGCGUUCGGUUGUGAUUCAGGACAGACUUGGAUGUGGGUUGGCUGAGAAAUGGAAUAUCAUUUGACACCCUUUUGGAAGGCCAUUAAGGCUCAUUGAGAAUGAACUACUCCAUGUUUUCCGAGAAGAUCGUUUGAGCCUAGCUAGAAUGACUGGUUAAAGAAGAUGUUAUGAACCUGACUACAGACCCAGAAGAGGUGGUUUGAGGCAGUGUAAGUUGAAGACCCUUUGGAGCAGAGGUGUAAACUGUGAUUACAUUCGCUUCGUUGUCGUGGGCUAUAAUUUUUUUAUUCUCGUUCACUCAUGCUCUACCACCUCACUCCUCUCGCACAGCACGAACGGUAGAACAACGUUCACGUAAUAGGAAAACUGUCAAAUAACUAUCAUAUCAACAGCGACAUUUUGUGCUAAUUCUUAUGUUUUUUGAAUAAUUCAACUAUUUCUGAUCAGCAAUGUUUCCUCUCGCCUAUCGUUGCAUAAUAUAUUGAUAAUUGUCAUAAGCACGGCAUGAAUAGCUGUCACAAUACAGCUGGUACGGGUCGAAUCUAAUCGGCGGUCUUCGUAGACGUGAAGAGCGGCGAGGUACCUGGACAGCUGUUUCGGUUUCUACUGAUCUAGGUGGCACAGGGCUUGUUGUCGAGGACGAUGGGACUACGGACGUAGACGCAGACGUGAUGGAUGACGGCUGACGAAGAUCUGUUGUCGAUUCCGGAGUAACCCAAACUACCCAAGUAACAAUUUUGGUUUUAUGAGGGUUCUGUAUACCAGGAUUCAGACUUGUAGAAUGUUUUAAAUCUUCGAUAAAACUUGCAAUGUUACUUGGGUAGGUUCGGAGAAGCUGGCGUGGAUGGCGCAAGACUUGCUGUGGUGUCGAAUGCUCAACCGGCGUUUCGAGCGUAGAUGGCGUUUGUGCAACCGGUGCGGUUGAUGGUGACGGUCUCGGUGAUGUGAAUGGACCUGAUGGUUGUGGCUGGCUUGGCUUGUGCAGGUUCCAGGCUCUCAGUAAGAGAUCCAGAGGCAAUUUUUGCUUUUCUACCUUGAACGGAAACGAGCCAGACUGUCUUACUGUCGACGUUCGUUCGGCUUCGCAGCUGGUUAAUGUGCGAACGAAUCAUGCACCUGUCUUCAUCACCUGUCCCACUCGCUUCAGAAUCACUCCUGAUGCCCAUCUCUACGAAUUGUUAGAGUGCACCUUUACUGAACGACCUUGAAUCUGGUUGAGCGUUCGCUUCCCGAAUGGCUGGUGGAUGGCAUAAGUCCAGGCUGGUCCGAAUUCUGCGCCCAAACAUGACUUCGGACGGAGAUCUGCCUUGUGCUGCUGACAGGUUCGGUGUGGUUCGGUAGUUCAACAGAAAAGUGUCCAGUGCUUCCUGAAUUUCGAAUAUUUUCGACCGCUUGCUUAAAGGUGUCCACGAAACGCUCGGCUUGGUCGUUGGACUACGGAUACGAUACCGUUCUCGAGGCAGAAUUGUGCGAACUCGGUACUGGUGAACUGCGUACCGUUGUCGCUGACUAGCAUUUCUGGCAUACCAAGGCGAGCGAAGAGACCUCGUCGGAUUCCGAUGGUUGCAGUGGCUGUUAUCGACUUGGUUCUGACGAUUUCCACCCACUUCGUGUACGAAGCAACGCUAAGCAGGAAGUACUCUGCUUGGUGGUGCUUUUGGUGGGCUCUUGGCUGCAACUGCGCAGUGAUAUCCGAGUCGAUAGCGCAAUCGCCUUCAUGAGCUGGAUGCCAGGAUGACCACAAUGGAGAGCAACGCAUCCGGAAAUCGGUCGGAAUCACUAAACGUUCGGCAAACAUCACGCACCCUUGAACCGUAGAUAGCGAAUCACUCCGGUCGAAGAAUUGCUGGAUCUCACGGUCCGAAAUUGUCAUUUUGAACAGUGGCCAACCUUGCUAAGUACAGGGUUGGAACGGGUGGCUUGCUGUAUUGCCCUGAAACUGAGAGGAAGUGCGUUAACUCGAUCUCCGUGAUGAUCCUUGGAUACGACGAAGUCUUCCUCUGGCUUGACGUGUCGAUCAACCGGGACAGGAUAUCGGCGUUUCUGAAUUUCGUUCUAUUCACGUAGACAAUGUUGAAGUAGUAGAGCAGAAACUGUAGAGCAUAACGUUGUAGCCGGUGUAGACUAGGACGCCAUUUUUCGACCCGAAGAUCCGAAGAAGUGGAGCGUGAUCAGUUUGUAGUGUAAUGCUCGGACCUAACAGCAUCUUGAAGAACUUGGUCACAGCGAAGAUGAUCCCGAGCCCCUCAUGGUCUGGCUGACUGUAGGCUUGCUCGGCGGCUGGCAGUGCUCUAGAAGUGUGCUGCACGACCUUAGUUGACCCGGCUGGAAACUUCUGACUAAUGUUCGCACCAACUCCAACCUAUGACGCAUCCGCUGCUCGCGUUGUUGUAGUACGUCAGAAGCAAA